CGCUGAUGUGAAAACCCGGUCGUUGGAGAAGACGACAAAAACCGCCUCCUGACGCUGCAUCUGGUACCAGCUCCGGUUCAAUCCUGGUUAGAGAUAUACCCUACAGGGUGUACCGCAAACCUCGUCGACGGUAUUUGGCAGCACAUUUUGAGCAACCACAGUUUAUGUUACAGGCACCAAAAUGGCUCAGAAGAUUAAAGCUGGCUCUGUGGUGGAGAUGCAAGGGGAUGAGAUGACUAGAGUCAUCUGGGAACUCAUUAAAGAAAAGCUCAUCUUUCCCUAUCUGGAGUUGGACCUGCACAGUUAUGACCUGGGCAUGGAAAACCGUGAUGCCACAGAUGACCGGGUGACGGUGGAGGCGGCCGAGGCAGUGCGGCGCUACAACGUGGGAAUCAAAUGUGCCACCAUCACCCCAGACGAGAAGCGCGUGGAGGAGUUCAAACUCAAACAGAUGUGGCGCUCCCCUAACGGCACCAUCCGAAACAUCCUGGGAGGCACAGUGUUCCGCGAAGCCAUUAUCUGUAAGAACAUCCCCCGUCUUGUGCCCGGCUGGAUCAAACCCAUCAUUAUCGGCAGACACGCCCACGGAGACCAGUACAAAGCCACAGACUUUGUUGUUCCCGGACCAGGAAGAGUGGAGAUGACAUACACCCCUAAGGACGGACAGACUGUCACGUAUGUUGUACACGAGUUUGAAGGCACUGGAGGAGUUGCGCUGGGGAUGUACAACACAGACAAAUCCAUCCGUGACUUCGCUCAUAGCUCCUUCCAGAUGGGCCUGUCUAAGGUCGUCCCAGUCUAUCUCAGCACCAAGAAUACCAUCCUUAAGAAAUACGACGGACGCUUCAAAGACAUCUUCCAGGAGAUCUAUGACAAAGAGUAUAAGUCUCAGUUUGAGGCAAAGGGUAUCUGGUAUGAGCAUAGGCUGAUUGAUGACAUGGUGGCUCAGGCUAUGAAGUCUGAAGGCGGUUUCAUCUGGGCUUGUAAAAACUACGACGGAGACGUCCAGUCUGACUCUGUGGCUCAGGGCUAUGGUUCACUGGGCAUGAUGACCAGUGUGCUGGUUUGUCCUGACGGUCGGACUGUGGAGUCAGAGGCGGCCCACGGCACGGUGACACGGCAUUACCGCAUGCACCAGCAGGGCAAAGAGACCUCCACCAACCCCAUCGCCUCCAUCUUUGCAUGGACGAGAGGCCUGGCCCACAGAGCAGAACUGGAUAAGAACGCUGAGUUGCGCAUGUUUGCCGAGGCCCUGGAAGCUGUCUGUAUCGAAACCAUCGAGGCUGGCUACAUGACUAAGGACUUGGCCAUCUGUAUCAAGGGCAUGUCCAAUGUGCAGCGCUCUGAUUACCUGAAUACAUUUGAAUUCCUGGACAAGUUGGCAGAGAAUCUGAAGAUCAAACUUUCAAAGCAGCCUAAACUGUGAACAAACUCCCCGUACUCGAGUCAGAACACAUACACAAACACCAAAUUCUAUAUACUCACACACAUACUCAAAAACUUUGUUGUACUCCAGUGCUGGGUGUCAGGCUGGCCCAGCCCCUUCUGGAAUGCUGUGAAUUCCACCACUUCUCCCAGUUCAUGAGGGAGGAAGUCAGGGCACUGUGGUGUGGAUCGGUAAAAAGUGCCUUGUUUAAAAAUAUGUUUAAGCGUUGUCAGAUGCACUCUACAGCCGUUCCCUCACUUUUACUGUAUAGGCACUCUAACUAACAUACAUGGUUGACUUGUUCACAGUUAUUGUAGGUUAUGAUUCUAGGAGAUAUUUUAAGAUUGCUGUUUACCCUCAUCUGCACUCACCCUCAUCACCAUGGUGAAUAUUUCCUUAAAUGUAACUGGUUAAAUGGCUGCAGGGGAUUAUGUGGUCCAACCAGUUUGUGUCAGGGUCUUUGAACCUUUAUUGCCUUAUUUCUUGUUUAAAAUGGUCAAGUCUUACAUGUCUCAUUUUCAGUGCAGUCAUUCAUUCAAUACCGUCCAUUCACUAAUAUGUUGUGGUCUGAUGAAGCGUUAAUAUCACCUUGUCUCGGGCGUUCCUGUGAAGGUGAUUAUGGUAUCAAACAUAAUACUGUUUGUUCUAAAUGCAUUAUACAUUACCUGAUGUGUACAUCUUGUGAACAAUUAAAUGUCUUUUUUUGCCAGUGUCAGUGCAUUAACGCCCAUGCUGGAGUCUGUGUUGUCAGAUCUUGAGUUGUUAUGAGCUCAUUAAUAAAUGAGUAAAUUUUGAGAAUGA